AUGUGUAUGAACUUUGAUAUCUUUCCCCAAUUCAUGCUCGUGUCGACAAGUUCCAGAAGCAGCAGCUUCUUUUCAAUGCCUCUCGUGGAAUCCUACCGUAAAUCCAUACCAGCUUGUCUAUCCCAUCCAAUCGGAUGUAAUAUCUCCGCCAAGUCACGGAAUAAGUUUUCUGAUGCAGGAUUCCGCCAACAUUCAUCUUGCUUCCCCCUUCGGCCUCUCUCAGCCCUGGCGCCACCCAGUUGGUCAUAUGCAGAGCCUCCUUCGCUCAUAUCUACGCGGUGGUUAGCUACAGCAGCAGGUGAAGCAGCUUUCGUCAUCAAGCCACAACUCCAGCAUCAUCGAGUGAUAAUUCUUGACAAUAAGAAGCCACCAGCGCCAGCGCCAGUCGAGAUCCUAAAAAUGGAUCGUGAUAGAUGA